GUCUUACAAGUUGCAAAAAAUAUCCCCUUUGUUAAUUUUCUUUCUUCUUGUUUAGGGUCCUUUUUAGCUUAAAAACAUGCAGCAAUAUAGAUUUUGUUAGAGAUUUAGAUAAACAAGAAAGAGAUAUACACAUUUAUAUAUACAAAAAAAAUGUUGAUUUUCUUCCCUUUUGGAUAUCCAAUUCCUUCCAAAAAUUUAUCAUCUUUAACUACAUAUACAAGGAAAGUCAUUUUCUAUGGAAGCUGAUGUUUCUAUUCUCUCAGCAUUCUGAGAGUGUCUUUUUUUGUGAAUUAUCUUGAAAUUUGGCAAAAGGGGUUGUGGGUUUUGAGAUUUGGGAUUUAGGGUAGGUUGGGAAUUAUUGAAUUUUGAGUGUUUUUGCGUAGUUUUCUGUUGGAUUUUUUAGUUUUCUUUUUGUGGUUUGGGAAAUUGUGAAAAGGGUUGCUGGGGUAUUGAGAUUUGGGAUUUAGGGUAGGUUGGGAAUAUUGAAUUUUGAGUGUUUUUGCGUAGUUUUCUGUUGGAUUUUUUAGUUUUGUUUUUGUGGUUUGGGAAAUUGUGAAAAGGGUUGCUGGGUAUUGAGAUUUGGGAAGUGGGGAUGGUGAAUUUCUGGGUGUUUUUGUUGAUAUGUUUUGUGUCUUUGACGGCUUCUGGAGCUACUGGUAGUGUGAUAUUGAUUGGAAAUAACAGGACUUUGUCUUUUGAAGAUAUUGAAGCUAAUUUUGCUCCCUCACCAAAGGGUUCAGGAAAAUGUGGGAGGUUGUAUAUUGCGGAGCCUUUGGAUGCCUGCUCAACCUUGACUAACAAGAUUGAACCAACUAAUAACUUCACAAAAGAACCAUUUGUGCUGAUAAUCAGGGGUGGAUGUAGCUUUGAAGAUAAAGUUAGAAAAGCACAAGCUGCAGGUUUCAAAGCAGCCAUUAUCUAUGAUAGUGGAUAUGGAGAUAUAAUUGCAAUGGCAGGAACCUCUGCUGGUGUGAAGAUACUGGCAGUUUUCAUUUCAAAAGCUUCUGGAGAAGCACUCACACAGUAUGCUGGCUCGGAUAUGGAAGUAUGGUUAAUCCCAAGCUUGGAAAACUCAGCUUGGUCAAUCAUGGCUACAUCUUUCAUUUCACUACUUUCUAUGUCUGCUGUACUUGCAAUGUGUUUCUUUGUUCGCCGACAUCAUAUACGAAGAGAACGCCCCCGAGCUUCUCGUGUUCGCGAAUUUCAUGGGAUUAGUAGCCGUUUGGUUAAAGCUAUGCCAAGUUUGAUAUUUACGUCAGUUGUGGAGGAUAAUUCUACAUCAGUGACAUGUGCUAUAUGCCUUGAAGAUUAUACUGCUGGAGAUAAGCUUAGAAUUCUUCCAUGCCGGCACAAAUUUCACACUAUGUGUGUUGAUGCUUGGCUGACAUCAUGGAGAACCUUUUGCCCUGUCUGCAAACGGGAUGCAAGAACUAGCACUGGUGAUCCACCAGCAUCAGAAUCUACACCAUUGCUUUCUUCCAGUCUGCGAUCUGUAUCUUCAAUGUCAUCUCUGAGGUCAUCAUUAGCAUCAUCAGAAGUGAUACAUAUAGGCACUGGAGCAUCUCGAUCACCUUCAGUUUCUCGUCCUCAAUCAAUCUCUAGCUCUCAUAACCAGCAUUCACUUUGGUCUUACCAGUCACCACAUCUUACUAUAAGCCGGAGUUCACUGGACCUUCAAAAUGCAUCUUCUCAAAGAUCUCGUGCAGCUUACUUAAUUUCAUCCAACUCAUUGGGUUAUCCUUGUUUAUCACCUCUUAAUUCAAGAUAUGGGUCUGCAUACAUUCCUAGUCCUAGCAAUCCCUCGUCGAGCUAUAUGGGAUCAACAAGUCGGCAGCCUAACCCACUGCAUCACAGUGAAUCAAUUACAAGCUUUUCACCAUUUGCUUCAGCUAACUCUCUUCCUGGAUGUGAGUAGUGAUUUAAUUGAUCAUGGCAAACAUUAAUCAAAUUGUUGAAGUCCCUUGCAGGAAACUCAGGUUGGGUUAUUCUGACCUCAAAUUUCACGUGAAGACAAUAGAGCUGAUUCGUGUUGGUUGCUGUGACAUCUGGACAGAGGAAUACAACAGCUAGCUUCAUUGCUCAACACUUCUGUGAUAUUGGUUUAGUAGUUGAUAGGUUUGAUAAUUUUGAGGUUUUUACAGAGUGUACAUUCUUAAAGAUGGGUGUCUUACUGUACGCAUUGCGCCUUCUUUUGUUUAUUGCUUUUUUUUUUCUUACCCUCGAUUUCUCUAUAAUAGUGAUGUUUUUAGCCAUGUCCACCUGAUAGAUGGUUGAGGCCUGUAGUUGCAUGUAAAUAUGAAUGUCCUUGAGGUGACUAAAUCUAGUCUUUUACUUGUUUUAGUUUUUGAAAUAUCCACUGAUUUCCAAAUA